UGUCGAGUUUACUAUUGUAUCUUACAUUGAAGAAAUCAAUAUAAAGGAACAGAAUCAGAGAUUCGUGAUAUUCUGAAGUCUAGUUGAGUGUAACAAUAGGCUAGUCCGCGGACGGCCAACUGGGAAUUGGGUGGAAACUACUAUAGCUGAAGUGUGUGGGAGGAGCUAGGCYCCUCGGAUGUGAUAACAUGUAUUUUUUCCAUCACCACUUUAUAGUUUUCGAAUUUAUUGCCCGUCAUCGGAUCAAUAGGUGUUUAGGGUCUCCGAUGUGAUUUUUUAAAAUAAGAAAUUACUGAAGAACACACGUUCCAAUGUUGGCUGUGGGUGACUCGCCGCUUCUUGUUUGGAAUAUACUCCUGCCUUCCGCCGAUUUCGUGUCGUUUUGAUUAUGGAAACGUGUUCUUUGAGUCACGUAGUCCUAGCCCGUCUUUCUCUUGUGGUCCUCUUGAUCGUUCUGAGGCCCAUCAAUGCGUGGACAUACACCUCCAGCAGCAACGAUAUGGAUAGGACACUGGUAACGAGGGGAUACUUUUCUCCCAGCGUUACGAACUCUGAAGAAAUAACUGCCUUACCAAAAUACUUGUUUACUACUUCGGGAACUUCUAAAGACUUUAGGGAGGUAUCAUCACCAUCAACUGGAACAGAACAAUCCCACCGAGUCCGGCAUUCUGAUGACAGUGAGACCCGGACAUUGAGUGAAGACAAAUUAGAGUGGUCUGGUGGUUUCGUCUCCAGAGGGACCAACCCACUGACUGGACCUCUCAAUGUGACCCAACAGGACCUCACCUCUCUAGUUUCAGAGGGAACCCCCAACUCCACCCCUCUGCUCAGGGUGGUUGAUAACCAUAGCAGACYGGACACAGACACAACAGACUCUAGUCAGCCCUCCAGAGGCAGGACAUCCCAGACAGAAGAGGGGUUAUCUGCUUCAUCACAGCCCCCUGUGCUGUCGUCAGAAGAAGGRCCCAGCCACCCCAACACCUCUCAGGGAGGAGAAACAGAUAGAGAUUCUCCCUCCAUCCUGGUCACUGGGUCUGAGACCUCCACCAAGUCCUCCACAGGUCCCCCUAGCACCCGGGGGGGGCAUGGUGAGACAGAGGGGGUCCCUUCGCUCCACACAGAGGACAAUACUAUCCUAGGCCUGGGUCUAACCACUGCUCCCCCAACACUACGAGACAGUGCCACUGCCCUGGAUGACUUCCUGUCUCGGUUCCUCGCCACCCAGCCUCCCUUCAUCCCCAAGACUCAGCGGCCGGCGGUGGCCACAGAGGUCCUGGUGUCCACCACACCUGUUACCGUGACGAUAAAGUCACAGGUCAUCGAGGAGGAGCCCUACAUUGUUACCAUGGCAACCAGCACCACACCGACCCCMCCUCUUGCUACGACGAGGAUGGUUCAGCCCAGUACCGCCACUUCCAUUGAGGCCCAGACUCAGCCCACCAUCAUCCCUACCACCACUACCACGGAGACUACCCUGGGUCUCCAGAGCUCUGCUUCCACCCCCCAGCCCCCGGGCACCACUCAGACUCAGACCCAAGGGCCCUCAACGGGGGUGAGRUCCCCCGACGUCACCACCUUGCACCUGGAGACCAGCACGGCUCACAGCAUCACCACCACUGCAGCCUCCUACAGUUACAGCGUCCCCACCAGAAACACAGUGGAACUACACACAACAGGGAAACACACUGACAGGGGGACCACUGAGAUAGAAGUGACCACCGCUCCAAUGGACAUCAGAUCUACACCGCAGACACCAGGUAGUGCCUGUGAGCCCAGCCCCUGUCUGAAUGGAGGUGAGUGUCUACCCUAUGGAGUGACUGGGUUCACCUGUGACUGUCUGUCAUCAUGGACAGGACCUACCUGCAAUGAGGAUGUGGAUGAGUGUGWGAGUGGCCCCUGUCCCAGUGACUCUACGUGUGUUAACACCAGGGGCUCCUUCAGCUGUGAGUGUCGCCUGGGUCUGGACAUGGAGCACGGAAGAGACUGCACGCGAGCAAAAACCUUCCUGGGCACGUUCAGUUUCAACGUCCCCCUGCUCUCCAGGAGCGCCACACUGCGUGAGAUCCAGAGAGAGAUCAACCAGCUGCUGAAUGCCUCACUAUCAAUUCUGCGUGGUUACCGGCYCUCUUCUUUGAGUAAAAAAGGYGAGGACGGGGUUCGUAUCUCUGCUGUCAACAUGUUCUCCAUCUCUACUGAUGUGACCAGCUCUGAGGUCUACCACAUCAUACAGAUGUCUCUGAACAACUGUAACAGCACCGCUGGACAKUGCCGAGUGGUGGUCACUCACCAACUUUCCUAUCAUGUUGAGAGUCUGUGUCUGGCCCAGAAUACCCAGUGUCACCCUGAGCAUUCUUUUUGUACCGACUCCAAUGGGACAGCCUUCUGCCAGUGUCAACCAGGGUACUUCAAACUCAAUCCUGAGGAUCAGUCCUGCAUAGAAUGUGGUGAUGGACUGAAACGGGUCAAUGGAACCUGUGUCAGGUGCACAUUUGGAUUUGGAGGAUUCAACUGUGGAAAUUUCUACAAGCUGAUAGCUGUGGUGGUAUCGCCAGCAGGGGGUGGCCUACUCCUUAUUCUCAUCAUCGCUCUCAUUGUCACCUGGUGCAAGAAAGACAAGAAUGACAUCAAUAAGAUUAUUUUCAAAAGCGGAGAUUUUCAGAUGUCGCCGUACGCAGAGUUCCCGAAGAGUAACCGUGUUUCUAUMGAGUGGGGGAGGGAAACCAUCGAGUUGCAGGACAACGGUAGCACCAAGAACCUGCUGCAGAUGACAGACAUCUACUACUCUCCUGCUUUGCGUAACUCUGACCUGGAGCAUAACGGCCUCUACCCGUUCUCCAGCCUGCCGGGCUCCCGCCACUCCUGCAUCUACCCCGCUCAGUGGAACCCUUCCUUCAUCAGUGAUGACUCACGACGCCGGGACUACUUCUGACGCCCAGCUACUCCACCUCUGCCUCCUAAUUUACACUUCCACUUCACUCGAACGUCCGCUCCCAUCCACACAAGGUCCGCAUCUGCGCACCUCCUUGGAAAAAGGUCCUGCGGACGAGGAGAUUUGUCAGUGCGGAAAUGUGCACCAUUUCGUUCGGCAGACCUAGCAGACAGCUCAGAAGCGGAAGGUGUAAAUUAGGCUUUAGCCUGGUCCCAGAUCUAUUUGUGCUGUUGCAUACUCCAUCCAUUGCUGUCCUUGUCAAGCCAAACGUGGCAAUGAGUGAUAAGUAGUUGGCAUGGUAGCACAAACACACUGGCACGCAGGCUACCUCUGCCUGGGUAGGGUUCAGUAAAAGGGCUGGCACUGGGGCUAGGUCUGAAGGUAAAUUUGCAUCCACUGCACUGGACUGUGGGUGGACUGAAGAUCGACUGCAACAAAAACACUUCACAGUGAUUUUGAUCAUAUGAUUUGAUUAUUUGUCAAAAGCAAUAAUCCAUAAAUUAUAAAAGUUCCCAUGAAUUCAUAAUAUGUGGAUAAAUGUCUGUUCCGCAAAGUGAGRGUGUUUGUGUGUGUGCGCGRGUGUGUGCACYCAUGUGUAUGUGUGGACACCCAUUUGCCAACUGCUGUGAAUUGUAGAUUAACAUUAUCUUAUUUUAUUUCACUGAAAAUACAGGUUGAAAAGACAAAGCUGCCAAACGUGUUUUGUGUGUGUGAAGUAUUGUUACAUUGUGAAGAUAUUUAACUGCAUAUGAGAUGGAAAACAUGUCAAAAAUGCUAUGUGUUUGUCAGAUGAYGAAUAGAUGCACCAAAGUGGUUUSAUAUGACAGAUUGAAUGAUGGUCAAGGUCUGCUGCAGUCUGUUGGUCUGAACAGUAGAACAGUUGUUAUUUAUUGAAUAUUUCAWCUGUUAGAAAUGUAUGAAGACAUUUUCAACAUCUUGCAUUGUAAGAGGGACUCAUACCCCACCCUAUUCUAUAAGAAGUAACAUCUGAAGUUUGGACCACAAAAGGGUGUG